CGCCGUCCCAGAAGCCCCCGCGCCGCCGGGGUCCUGACGGGCCACACCGUCUUCCACUGCACGUGGCUUCAGCGCGAUGCCCAAAUCUAAACGCGACAAGAAAGUUUCCUUAACGAAAACUGCCAAGAAAGGAUUGGAACUGAAACAGAACCUAAUAGAAGAGCUUCGGAAAUGUGUGGACACCUACAAAUACCUCUUCAUCUUCUCUGUGGCCAACAUGAGGAACAGCAAGCUGAAGGACAUCCGGAACGCCUGGAAGCACAGCCGGAUGUUCUUUGGCAAAAACAAGGUGAUGAUGGUGGCCUUGGGCCGAAGCCCAUCUGAUGAGUACAAAGACAACUUGCACCAGGUCAGCAAGAAGUUGAGGGGUGAAGUUGGUCUCCUUUUUACUGACCGCACAAAGGCCGAGGUGAAUGAGUGGUUCACAAAGUAUGCAGAAAUGGACUUUGCCCGAGCUGGGAACAAAGCAACUUUCACCGUGAGCCUGGAUCCCGGGCCCCUGGAGCAGUUCCCCCACUCCAUGGAGCCACAGCUGAGGCAGCUGGGCCUGCCCACUGCCCUUAAGAAAGGUGUUGUGACCCUGCUGUCUGACUAUGAGGUGUGCAAGGAGGGCGACGUGCUGACCCCAGAGCAAGCUCGUGUCCUGAAGCUUUUUGGGUAUGAGAUGGCUGAAUUCAGAGUGACCAUCAAAUACAUGUGGGACGCCCAGUCAGGAAGGUUCCAGCAGAUGGACGAUGACCUGCCCGAGAACGCCCCCGAGUCUGAGGGAGAGUCAGAGGAUGAUGAUGACAGCUGACUCAAGGACUGAGACCUUCCAGCACAUUCUUUGUCCACUGGAAAACUCAGGACUGCUGCCGCUCCGGAGAGAGCAGCUAUUUUGCUAUGGAUAAAGACGAGGUGGGGCUGGAGAGCUGGCUCAGUGGUUAAGAGCACUGACUGCUCUUGCAGAGGACCCGAGUUUGAUUCCUAGCACCGACAUAGUGGCUACGAACUGUCCUUAACUCCAGUUCCAGAGGAAUC